AUUUUUACAGUUUUUAAAUUUAUUUCUGAUUCAGAAAUACCAAAAGGUUAAGUUGAGAGUUCAGUAGAAGUAUGUGACGUGAGUCUUUUCAAUAAUGUAUAUAUGCAUGACUUUAUAACUCCAUUCUAGAAAUAUAUAUUGAAGAUUUAUAUAAUCAUUACCAUUAGGUUGUAGUGUUUUACACUUGACAGUAGUCAUUUACUGCCGGAAUAAUUUGACAAUAAGUUUGGAUGUGUGUGAUAUCCCUGUCUAUGUAUCCCCGUCCUGCUAUCCUCAUACCUCCUGAUGAUUUCUUUGGAAUAUAACUUUGCUUGGAAUGGUGGUGGUGCUUUGGUUGCUUUAGCUUUGCUUUUCGUUGGGCUUUCUUUUCCUUUUUGAUCCUUUGGCUUUAGGCCAAUGUUCAUACCACACUAAGGAUAAUAUUAGUCAUCAAGUUAGUUAAAGAAUAUGCCAAGGGUGGACACUUGGUUUACCAGACUUCAAAUAGAAACAGAAAAGAUUUCACAUAUAUAUCUAGUGCUCACAAAAAAAAAAAUCAUACUAAAAAAUAAACACAAACCAGACGCUGCUGGUUCUGUUGUUCUCUUUUGUCAAAGAUCGGAAUUAUGGCUGAAGGUGUUGUCGCAAUUGUGACCGAAGGGAUCAAGCCCCUCGGAGAGCUCAUCAAUUUAGCAAAUUCUUGUGUGGAGUCGGCAACCAAAUUGAGCUUGCACAGAAUGAGCUGCACUUGAUCCGGGGAUUUCUAAAAGACGCAGAUACGAGGCAACAAGAUGAAGAACAAGUACGCAUUUCUGUUAAGCUUAGGAUAGGUUUUGUGUGGAAGGAAAGAUGUGAAAUUCUGGCUUAGGAAACAGUGAAAAUUGGAUACCGAUGAUUUGCUUCCAAAGUUGAGGAGCCCAGUAAGAUCACAAUAUCUUUGAACAAUGGAAAAACAGAUAGAUUCCCUCUGUAAGCUAGCUAUGGCGAAAGUGACUAGUUGGGGCCGCGAUAAUCAUAAUAGCAAAAGGAAAAGUACCACUCACAUGGUAGGGUACACCUUUCGGCCUUAUCGAUCACAAUGUCGGAUAUUGCAUUAUUGGAGGUAGCUACUAGCUACUGUAAAGAAUCUUUGCAUAAAGAAGAACUUUGGUUUGGUUUCCCAUACACCCGUAGAAACAUCAAGUUCACCAAUUUGAGAGGAUCAGAGAUAUGGCUGAAGGUGUUGUCGCAAUUGUGACCGAAGGGAUCAAGCCCCUCGGAGAGUUCAUCAUUCAGCAAGCGAAAUUCUUGAGUGGUGUCGGCUACCAAAUUGAGCUUGCGCAGAUUGAGCUACAUUUGAUCCGGGGAUUUCUAAAAGACGCAGAUACGAGGCAACAAGAUGAAGAACUAGUACGCAUUUGUGUUAAGCUUAUCAGAGAUGCUGCUUAUGACUUGGAGGAUGUCAUUGAAUCUUUCGCCUUGAAGGUGGCUAUCAGAAGUAGAGGUGGUACUGUGAAGAUGGUUCUCAAAAGGUUUGCCUGCAUCUUCAACGAAGGAGUUCAUCGAUACAAGAUUGGGUUCGAAAUUGAGGAUAUUAUGUCUAAACUUUCUCAUCUAAGGUCGAGUUUGCAAAGUUACAACAUACGGCAGACAAGCGGUAGUGAAAGUGUUGCUUCAGCUUUUAAGAGGCAACGAGAUCGAAGGCUAACUUAUGGACAUGAAGUUGAAAGUCAUAUUGUUGGGUUGGAGGAAAACACUGAUAAGCUGGUGAAGGAGUUGGUGAGAGAAGGAAAGCGUCACCGUAUUGUGUCUAUUUGGGGGAUGGGCGGCUCUGGAAAAACCACUCUUGCAAAACAGGUUUUUCAUCAAGAUGAAGUUAAGCGUCAUUUUCAUUGUUUUGCUUGGGUCUGUGUAUCUCAACAAUGUGAAGGAAGGGAUGUUUUGGAAGAGAUUUUGAUUGAACUCACUUCCCCAACAACAGAGAAAAGGAAAGAAAUUUCCAAAAUGAAAAAGGAUGAAAUAGCACGGGAGGUCUGUUGUAUCCAAAGAGAAAAGAGAUGUCUGGUGGUCCUUGAUGACAUAUGGACUCUAGAGGCUUGGAAUUCGAUAAAAGCUGGCUUCCCAAUCAAUGAGGAAACAGAGAGCCGGAUACUACUUACCAGUCGCAAGAAAGAAGUUGCCUCGCUUGCAUCUGGAGCUGAUCAUCGCCACCAACCUCGACCUCUUGACGAAAAACAAAGCUGGGAACUAUUUGAAAAGAUUGCGUUAUCUGGAAGAGAUGAAACAGAAUAUGCAAAUAAAAGAGAAUUAGGACAGAAGAUGCUUGAGCAUUGCUCAGGUUUGCCAUUAGCUAUCCGUGUGCUCGCUGGUCUUCUAAGUAGACGAGAUAAAGUUGAGGAGUGGCAAGCAGUUCUUAGAAAUGUUGAUAAGUACAUAAUGAGAGGCACAACUGUCCUUGAAAGAGAAAUCUCAGGUCAGGAGUAUGGUGUGUCGUGUGUCUUGGCAUUGAGUUAUGAUGAUUUACCAUCUCAGUUAAAACUCUGCUUUCUAUACUUGGCCCAGUUUCCUGAGGAUCAUGAGAUACCGGUCAAAAGAUUGACCCAAUUAUGGAUUGCAGAAGGGUUUAUAACUUCAACAAUAGAUUUACAUGGUUCAUUGGAAAUAAUGGAAGAUGUAGCAUAUGAUUGUCUCACUGAACUGGUGGAAAGAUCUAUGGUUCAAGUUGUAAAUUAUGGUUCAAGUGGGAAGGUGAAAACUUGUCGUCUCCAUGAUCUUAUGCGAGACUUGUGCUUGCAAAAGGCAAAAGAGGAGGACUUCCUCGAUGUUGUUGACUUUUCUACGGGUCGAAGACUAACUGGUAAUAAGGUUCGAAGACUAGUCCUUUAUCUGGACAACAAAUCUGAAUGUGAGUUCAGCGGUAAGGAUGGAAGAAAUGGCCACAUUAGGUCUCUAUUAUACUUUAACCCCACAUACUUCGGACAAAAGCGGAGCAAAAGAAUUAUAAGAUCAGUAUUCAACGACUUCAGAUUGCUUAGAGUCUUGAAGUUUGAAAAUAUGGGUACAGAAUAUGAGUUACCGAAGACGAUUGGGAACCUAGUCCACUUGAGGUUUCUAAGUCUGAGGAGGAGCGCAUUUCGUGCGUUGCCGUCAUCUGUAUAUAAGCUGAUACUUUUGCAGACUCUAGAUCUGCGUGGCUCUCGUUAUGAGAUCAAAAUCACAAAUGUAUUUUUGAAUAUGGAGCAACUGAGGCAUUUAUAUUUACCUGUGAAGCACACUGUAAGCGGUCGGAAACUGUCAUUUGCAAAGCUGUGCAAUUUGCAGACGUUGGUCAAUGUUAGAAUUGAAAAUUGUAAUUUGAACGAUCUUGUUCGGCUACCCAAUCUGAAAAAAUUAGUCGUAAUUGCAUCACGAUCUAGUCAGUUGGAAAAGUUGAAAGAAAUGUUGGUAUCAGAAAGUAUAACAUAUGAGCAUCUUCGGUCGCUAUCUCUGACGGAAGACCAAAAUAGUACUGAGGAGGAUAUACAUAUACCAAUAGACAUAGUAUUAAGGUGUCCUCAUUUAUACAAGCUGCGACUGGGAGGGAAAAUGUCAGAGUUACCGGAACAGCUCCGGGGCUAUCCAGACCUCACCAAGAUAACACUGUAUAGUACAGAACUGAAGGGUGACCAGAUAGAAAUACUGGAGAAGCUGCCAAAGUUAAGGGUGCUUUACCUUGAUUACAUGUCUUUCGAGUCAGAAACAAUGGUUUUCUCCCAAGGAGGCUUUCCUCAUCUGGAAUUUCUUACCCUUUGUUAUUUGUACGAUCUCAAGGAGUGGAGGGUGGAGAAAGAAGCCAUGCCUCUUCUUCACAGAUUGAGCAUUACCUUGUGCCCGAAAUUGCGGGCAAUUCCAGAUGGGCUUCAGGAUGUUACUACCCUCAAGGAAUUAACGAUUAACGGGAUGCCCAGAAGAUUCUGCAGUAGGGUUGACGAAGGAGGAGAGGAUUUCUACAAAAUCAAACAUGUGCCUUCUCUUAUUAUCACAAAUAUCGAACCAGAAAUGGAGGAAGCUGCAGGGGCGUCUCAAGUGGUAGCGGGUCCAGCCGGUGACUCUCAUCAGGAAUCAACUGCGGACGCUCCUCCUCCACCUGCUGAUGAAAAAACAGAGGAAAUACAAGCUUCUUCCACUUCUAACCUCCCUUGUCAAUAAAUCCACAAGCCGCUGCUUUCUCAAUAUUUAUUCGCAACUUCAGCCACACUGUACAGGUAUGGCUCUUUCUUCUAGAUUAUGUUUUCGUUUGAAUUUGAUUUUUUACUGUAUAAUUACUAUACUUAAAGGUUUUGGUCUGGAGUGACUUGUUUACUUGUAAUAUCAGGUUCACUUUUCAUGCUGAAACUUUGUACUGAACUGUUUACUGCCGUGGUUAGGCAUAUACAUUACGCUGAAUGUCUGGGUUUUAACUUGUUAAAUUUUGUGUGUGAAGGAAGUUGAAAGUUUCUGACGACAAAGCCUACGUAUAAAGUUGGAAGUCUGCGACGACGAAGCUUUCACAUACUCACGCCUAAGCGAGACUAAUGGACAACACCAUUCUCUUUCAAAUAGGGCUAAUGAACAAAUUCAUGC